UUGGCCCAUCUCGACAAUCAGCUCACUCAGCUUCGUGCUGAGUUGUCACAGGUAUACCGUACUCAGGCUGCGUCUCAGAACAAACAGUUGAGCAUGGCGGAUGCUUUACGAGAUAGGGACGAGGAAGUACGGGGCUUGAGAGAAGAAGUCCGCGAUCUCAGGGAAGCUAAGGAAGCCGGUACCAGGAGAGAAAAAGAGUGGGAUGAGAGGUGGAAGUUGCGCACAAAGGAUUUGGAGAUAUUAAACGACGAAAUCAUCUCCCUCAACAUCGAAAUAUCUGGUAUAACCCAACGGAAUGUCGCCCUCCAAGCGGACAAUGCCAGUCUUCUGCAGCGUUGGUUAGACAAGAUGAACUCUACUGCCGAAGAGAUGAACGCCGCUUUUGAAGAAGAACAAUCAUCCAAACCUAACGAGAAGGGUACUUCUGUAGUCGUCGAUAGCGAAGAGAAACAGGGUUUUCAAGAGGGCGGGAAGAUGUGA